AAGAAACAUAACCUUGACAUGAUAUUAUCCACUAGUUGAGCUAUAUAGACUUUUUUCGUGACGAAUGAAAACAGUAGUCAAUAGAUGAAAACCGCCGGAGCACCGCCGCAAAGAGGUGGUUCCUCCUCCGCCGCUUACUUAUACCGGUCUUCAUCAUCGUGCUGCUCCGAUAGCUGUAGAGUUUUGGUGGUAAAGAUGGGAGGAAAAAGCAAGAAACCUCAUGAAUCGUCUUCUUUUAAGCAGGAUUCAGAGCCGGAACCACCGAGAAUCAAAUCCAAUGUUAAGCAUAAUUUGCAGCUUCUGAAGUUAUGGAAGGAGUUUCAGAGCAGAGGAUCUGGCACGGCUAAGCCAGCGACUAGUUACAGGAAGAAGAAAGCAGAGAAAGACGAGUUACCGGAUGAUAGCGAACUCUACCGUGAUCCUACAAAUACGCUAUAUUACACGAACCAGGGUCUAUUGGACGACGCAGUUCCUGUUUUGCUUGUUGAUGGUUAUAAUGUGUGUGGAUAUUGGAUGAAGCUAAAGAAACAUUUCAUGAAUGGAAGGCUUGACGUUGCUCGGCAGAAGUUAGUUGAUGAACUUGUGUCCUUUAGUAUGGUUAAAGAGGUUAAGGUAGUGGUUGUCUUUGAUGCUCUCAUGUCUGGUCUCCCUACUCACAAGGAAGACUUUGCAGGUGUUGAUGUGAUUUUCUCAGGAGAAACUUGCGCUGACUCUUGGAUUGAAAAGGAGGUGGUUGCUUUGAGAGAAGAUGGAUGCCCCAAGGUUUGGGUUGUAACAUCUGAUGUUUGUCAACAACAAGCAGCUCAUGGAGCGGGAGCUUAUAUUUGGAGUAGCAAGGCACUGGUUUCUGAGAUCAAAUCAAUGCACAAGGAGGUUGAGAGAAUGAUGCAAGAAACAAGGUCAACAUCUUUCCAAGGGAGAUUGCUGAAACACAAUCUUGAUUCUGAAGUCGUCGAUGCUCUUAAAGAUCUAAGAGACAAAUUAUCAGAAAACGAAACAAAGAGAUGACCAAGAUCAAUCCAGAUUAUAACUAGGCCCAAAAGAUAACUUAAAACUACGUUCAAGCAUUUGAUGAAAAGAAGGUUGAAAAUUUUCAGGAAGCAGCAUGGUUCACUUGGAUGCCUACAAGGUAUUGAAGCCAUAGAUAGUGGCUGAGUUUGUUUCCCUAAAUCUUGGAUGUUCAAAUGAAGAAUCCGAAACCAUUUCACAGCUUGAAAAUGAUAUAAAGCAGUUCAAUAUGUCUCAGCUCAUGUGGAAAAUGCCUAAUUUUUCAGCAGAGAUGAUUAUAUAUUGAGCACUUCAUUGGAAUAAAGUUUUGUUGUGGUCCAAAAUAGUGUGUUCACCACAUUAUAUUUACUCCGAUUUGAGAUCUUGAAGAGUAUAAUACCUGCAGCUUAUCAUCUGAAGCUACUUCACAAUGUUUAACUUUUCAA